AUGGUUUCAUACAAAGCUCUUCUUAUUACUCUUGCUGCUGUUACGAGGGUCUUGGCAUAUCCAGCCAACUCAAGUAUUGAACUCGUCGAUCGAAGUGGGACACCUAGCUCCACUGGAACCAGUGGCGGAUACUACUAUUCCUUCUGGACAGACGGUGGCGCAGAUGUUACUUACACAAAUGGUGCUGGUGGCGAGUACAAAAUACAGUGGUCAGGAAAUGGCAAUCUUGUUGGUGGAAAGGGCUGGAACCCUGGAAGUGCUAGGGCUGUCACCUAUAGUGGCACGUACAGUCCAAAUGGCAACAGUUAUCUUUCCCUCUAUGGUUGGACAACAUCACCUCUUAUUGAAUACUAUGUUGUCGAGAAUUUCGGUACAUAUGAUCCAAGCACUGGAGCUACCUUGAAAGGUACCGUGGUUAGUGACGGAGCAACUUAUAAAAUCUAUCAGACCCAACGCGUCAACCAACCAUCUAUUAUUGGUACUGCUACCUUUUAUCAAUAUUGGUCUGUUCGACAAUCAAAGCGAACUGGUGGUACCGUAACAACCGGAAAUCAUUUCAAUGCUUGGAAAGCACUAGGAAUGAACAUGGGUACUUUUGAUUACAUGAUAGUCGCAACAGAAGGUUACUUCUCCAGUGGGUCAUCCGAUAUAACUGUCGGAAGUUCAACAGGAGGUGAUGGGAGCGGAACUACUACCACGGCUCCUGCUUCUUCUCCUACAACAUCACCAGGUGGCACCUGCGGUGCUCUAUACAGCCAAUGUGGUGGAGCUGGAUUUACAGGCUCUCAAUGCUGUGCAUCUGGGACCUGCAAGUAUUCAAAUUCUUAUUAUUCUCAAUGCUUGUGA